AUGAAUUUUGAAUGUCAUCCUGGUCCUCUUAAUGCAUUGGUGUUGUUCUUGGACAAGAAUCACCGUGCGUUUGAGGUAUUCAAAAAUCCAACAACGUAUGAUGAGCCAAUAAAUAUUAGACGAUCAGAUCGAUCGUUCUGGCAGCAUAUGAAAGAAAAUCCAGUUGGUGGAAGGGUAGAAGGUUUAAUACAUGCAGCAGGAUUCAGCGGGAAACUGCAAAUUGGGUACAAGUAUGUAGACCACUCAUUAAUAACUGCGUUGGUUGAGAGGUGGAGGCCAGAAACUCACACGUUUCACCUUCCUUUUGGAGAAACGACUAUGACAUUACAGGAUGUCAACGUGUUGUGGGGGCUACCAAUAGAUGGGUUGCCUAUUUCUGGGGCUGACACUGGGUGCACAAUCUUACCUGAUAAUGCAAACCACCUGAUUGAUGUCAAAUUUUUAGAAUUUCUCGUAGACUUGCCCGCAUGUUCGGGAUAUAGUUGGGGCAGUGUUGUGUUAGCUCACCUUUACAGAAACCUUUGUAAUGCUGCAGCACCUAAUGCUAUAGCCAUUACUGGCCCAGUUGCGCUUUUACAAGUUUGGGUUUGGGAGAGGUUUCGUUGUUUUGCUCCUGCUGUUGCCCGGUUCCAGUGGAAGGGAAGCUUAACGUGUACAGAUGUUUCCACACAUUGUCUGAGAACAUAUAGAUCUCAGCUGCAAUCUAUGACCGAGGCAAUGUUUAAUUGGAGACCAUACGACGACAUUGUGGGUAGACUCCCCGAUAUUUGUCGGAGUGGUAUGGGAAUUUGGCGGAGUUGUUGCCCUCUGCUAUACUACUCGGUUGUGGAGCAUCACUAUCCUCAACAAGUGAUGAGACAGUUUGGCAUGUUCCAGUAUAUACCUAACCAAAUUGCCAUAGAUAAUAAUGAGCAUGCCAGGCUUCAUCCAUGA